GCUCUGAUUUCAUAGACACAUUGCCAAGGGAAUUCGAAAGACAAUCAUCGAUUAGCAAAUGAGACUUAGUUCAGUACGUGAUUAUAUUCAGCUCAGAUCAGGCGCCAUAUUCUAACAAGAACUAGAUCAGUUCUACCUGAAUCACAGCUUUACUGCAGAAGUCUACCAAGUGUUACUGCGAAAGCAAUCUUCCGUUUUUCGCUGAAUCACUACGCACUCGAGCGCAGGGAAGCCAUGAAUUUCGUAACGAAGAUCAUUGUUGUGCUGACUUUCAUCUGCUUGUGUGAAUUGAGUGAUGCGAGAAGAGGUUCGAAGCAUCGCAAGCAUCCGGAAAAACCGAACGCUUCGGAAGUGGACGAGCAGGAAUCCACAAAUGGAUCGGUGGCGUUUGGAACCGGCAAUCUCACCUCGACAACACAGCCACCCAUGACUUCACGUCUUCCUGACAAAGUUAACCCUGUGCCUCAGGCGCUCAACAGACGGCACCUGGAGAAGCGGUGUUGCAGAAUCGGCUACCGCGCUGCCAAACGAAAGUUCUUUUGUAUGAUAGACGCCUUUUACAGCGCUAAAUACAGGAACAUGGAGCACUUUGCCAAGCAGAAGUUUCAAUCGCGAAAACCCUCGCGAGCAACGCGGCGUUUCAUGCACCAUUUGGAUAAGUACUGCAUCAAACAUCAGCUCAAAGGCGUGUUCUACAAGUGCUGUAUGGACGGAAUCUAUACCGCGCGCGAAAAAGGUGGACAAUAAUCUUCGAGGACAAUGGAGGUGCAACGAACAAGUGUAUAAUGCAUUAAUUGAUGUAUUUUGAACAAUGUCGUUAAGGAAAACAAUAUGUUAGAAAUGUAAAUGUGUUUAAACAGAGAUCGUGUAUAAUUCAAUUCAACAGACGAAAUAUUGGGCACGGCCCAAGUAAGUCUCGUGUGGAUCUACUGAUUAAUUUUGAGGAUCGUGUUACUGGAAUUUUGCUUGUUGUUGUCUCUCGUCAGACGCGAUGCGUGUUUAAUUCCUUGUGGAAACACUUAGCUUUUUUCCUGUCGGGUGGAAACAGUGUACAUUGAUCAGCACAUGUCAUUUCUUAGAGUUAGUAUUGUAGUAGAACCAUUAAAAAACAAUUUUCGUUCUUUUUGUUCAAACGAAUUUGUACAAAUAUUGCACAAUAUUUACGCUCAGGACGAAAUGUAAAAUACAGAAAGGUUGUAGAUCUUUUGUACAUAGUUGAGAUAUUUUAAUUUGGCAAGACCCAGAAUAUUGAACCAGGCGCGAGGUCCGCACGGAGAGAAUAUCGGCCCGAGCUGUUAACAGCAGCAACCGGGCUCAGCCUGGACUGUUGGAUAACGAUUUCCCCCUAUGUGGUCCCGAGCAAUCUUGGUUCAUACGAGAAUUAUUGCACGACUGACUGUUUACAAAAAUCCCACGAUCACGGAGUAAAACGACAUCACGAAGUUCAGGCGCGCAAUUUUGGCUGGGAGCCCACUUACUUUUUACUUAACAACUGGAAUGAGGGAAAAGAAAAUUUGAAGAAAAAUAAAUAAAAGGAAUGUCUUUUAUGUAAGUUUCUUCUAGUAGAAAAGUAAGCCAUUAAAACUAUAAGGGCAGUGCCUGGCAAAGUACUCUCAGGGUAUUGGACUGGCAAUGCAACAACCUGAUUGGUUGACUUUAGUUAUUGGACCUGUGAACUAACUUAGUCGUGUAAUAAAAUUGGUUAUUUACCCGUAUUGAAAUAUCGGAUGUCGUAUUAUAAUUUGCAUCUCUCUUGCUCAGCUGUAAAUCGAAGGCUGUUUUUUUAAAAGCAUUCAUUUAACCUGUAAAUAAAAUAAUUUGAUUUUGUGA